GGAGACUGUACUAGCCACUCACUUGCGCCCGUAAUUGGGUGUGGGGGGAGUCGGUAAUCGACUUAUCGGGAUAAGUCUGCGUCGUCACCACACAACAACGCGCGGACGGCUUCCGGGGUUUGUAUGGGAAUUACAGCGGUUGUAAAGGGCCCGCUGCCCUCUGAGAUCCUCAUGGAUCUUUCACAGCUCAUCAAUGUUCAACCUACUCUGCCUUGACGGUUCCAAAUCACCGACCUGCCUCGGACAAUUGAGGAGACUAUGACACUGGCCAAACGUCGUUUUCCGUUGCUGGCUCUUGCGAGCUUCAUCACCUUUUUCAGUCUCUAUCUCCUUGGCCGGUCGGGACCAUGGCGGAGUGCGCCUCAGACCUUUGGUCUCGGCGAAAUGAUCCCUGAUACCCCAAUCAGUACCAAUCAGUCCGCGGGCUUGGCUGAGCCAGAGAGUCAGCUGCAGGCCAGCGAAUCUCAACCACAAGUGCCUGCGCCCACACAGACCGUCUAUGACGCUACCGAGCGCAAUCUCACCACGAGACUCGUCAUAGCCCGUACGCAGGAGGAGAAUGUUGACUGGAUAUCCGAGCAGCUGCCGGAUGUCCAGACGGCAAUUUAUGUUGCCGACGAUCCUAAUGCGCCGCUUCACCCUCCUCAAAACAAAGGUCACGAGGUGAUGGUUUACUUGAGUUAUAUCAUCGACCACUACGACUCGCUUCCGGAUGUAUCCUUAUUUAUGCAUGCCCAUCGUUGGGCUUGGCAUAAUGAUGAUCUUCUCGAGAAUGAUGCCGCGCAGAUGGUGAAGAGACUUAAUGCCCGCCGAGUUCUACGGGAGGGAUACGUGAACCUUCGCUGCCACUGGUAUCCUGGGUGUCCGGAAUGGAUGCAUCCUGGCGCUGUGGAGGAAGACGCUGAGAAAAGGGAGCAGCUUGUCAUUGCGCAAUCAUGGGCUGAGCUCUUUCCUUCGGAGCCUGUACCAAGCGUGCUCGCACAACCUUGUUGUGCACAGUUUGCCUUAUCCAGAGACCGUAUUCACCAACUUCCCCUGAGCAAAUACAUCUUCUACCGAGAUUGGGUUCUUCAAACGCCCCUAAGCGACAGUAUCUCUGGAAGGAUAUUUGAGUACGUCUGGCAAUAUUUAUUUACCGGUCAAAACAUUGUCUGUCCCGAUCAGCGUACUUGCUAUUGCGAUGGCUUUGGUGUCUGCUUCGGCGGCAAUGACCAGUUUGAGGAUUGGUUCAGGCUGCGAUAUGAUCUUCGAGUUACCGAAAACGAGCUGUUCAACUGGGAAGCUAAGGCAAAGGCGAUUGAAGAUGCUCGUGCAGAAGGCAGAUUAGACGAAGCUUCUCAGCUCGAAGUCCCUGAGCUGGGACGGGAUGAGCAGCUCCGGCAACAAAUAUCAGCCCUAAAGGACGAGCUUGAAUCCAGAAGACUUCAAGCCAUCGCGCGAGGUGAUGAUCCUCGACUUCGCGCAGAAGAACUCGGCAGGCCAUGGAAGGAAGGUGACGGUUUCUGAACUUUCUCGCACUGAAUUGUUUUUGUUCACAUUAAUAGGCUAUUUUCUUUUUUCUUUUACCCUCUCUCUCUCUCUGGGAACUGACGGAAUUACUGGUUUUAUGGUGUUGGCUACCGGCUGGGCUGAUCAUUGUUUUUCUUGCUAUUUGAUUUUUUUUUUUUCUAAAAGAUUCCCACAUGCAUUCGCACACAGUUCAAUCAUCUCUUUUACUGGGGCUUUCUUAUAUCUUUUUAACGGGUGUUCUGUACAUAAAUGGUUGCUACGGACUGAUGGACAUUAGUCUUGAUUCAAUCGGUGACCACGUCACUGGAAUAGGUAAAAGCGAUUUUGGAAAUUGAACUUGAUAAAGAUUCUUAGUGUC